GUUGAUGGCUACUUGAGGUGGAUGAGCUGCUCACCUCGGCCUACUUGAGGUGGAUGAGCUGCUCACCUCGGCCUGAGUAAUGUGACAAAGGAAGUUCGUCCCAAACUUCCGUUGAUGUGGAAUGCUAACAUCGGUCAUCACUUAUCGGGACUGGCAUUAUAAAGCAUCUGUACCGUGAACAACUGAGUCUGGAUAUACUUUACCAUCAACUGCCACAACCAUAGUGUUCUGUAACUACAAGUUUGGAGACUCCGAAAACUUGCAGAGUUUUAUCUGAUACCAAGAACCGGCACCUCUUCCUUCGGUGGAAGUCACGCUGACUAGAACUUGCAUAAAGAAUUAAAGCCUUGGAGCUACAAGGGGCCGGCCUUACUACUUGUGUUACCCUGAGAAGGAGCACCAGUGACGCCUUCCUUCAUCACGGUUGUUGAUGUGGCAGUCAGCACAUGAACCCACCAUGGCACAUGUGGUUCCACAAUGGUCCGUACUGAAAACUCCUUCAGCAAUGCAGCCCUCGCAGCUAGGAGAGGAGCUAGCAGCGACCCCGGUCCGAAACGGACCUGGGGUUGCUCUUGGCUCCAGGACUCGUGCUGGAACUUGGAUCGGCACCAAGAAGCUCAAACUCCAGGAAACACAAACUCUGGUAGACGCGGACGACAGCCACAUUCAUGCUCUAAUGGACAUGCACUUCAGCCACACUUCGGGUGACCUGAAUACCCCAGAUAUCAAGUUCGAAGACUUUACAUUUGACGGGACUCACGAAGAGCCCAUCCACAAUGAUAGUAUGGAAGUAAGCAGCACCUCUUGGAACCAGGAUGGUGACUUUUUCAUGGGCGAGCAGCACAGCCCUCCGUCGGAUGGGACUGCCUAUUUCGACACCAGUCCAGGCGAGCUGCAGGGCGACCUCGAGAAUCGCGUGUGUCUGACGAAAUACACUAUGAAUAACGACACAGACGGAGAUGCCCUACAGCCCACCCCGGUCUCCACUUCUGGCCUCUUGGAUACUCUAGCCUCGACCACAGUGAGCAGAGACCCAUGUUCAGCCGAAAGCCUACCCACGUCGGCCACUCAUUGCCAGAUCAACGGGACAGGUUUCGUGCACAACCCAAGCACCCAUGGCCAGCAGCAUCACCACUCUUCUAUCCCGGUUUCAAGCACGUCUGAUACGGACUUCGAAUUACCAGCAGAUAUCUUGGAUGAGAUCAAUAAUCUUCUGCCAGACUACAUUUGGGGGGACAAUGAAACUGCCACAUCCACAGAGCUGGACUUGAUGAUCGGCCAGGAAGCACCGGACCUCCUACUUGGUGCUAUACAGAACAGUGGACUCAGCCAUGAGCUGGACAAUUUGGUUGAAAGUCAGAUUGUCAAAGAUGAGUCCCAGUCAGAGUGGUCCAGCCAGCUUGUCACCAAAGAAGACCCUUUUACCUUGGAUACCGCGCUGUUCUUGUCUCCGUCCACUGCAUCCCCAAACGGAAAGGCCGUUGUAGCUCCAGGGGAGCCGUCCAAGCCAGAGCAGUCCUCACUGUCAUCACCUGCCCUGCUAUCACUGAAACCUGACUCCACAGUCCUAUCGGGAAGCAGACCCCGGCGGACCAGCAAGAAGCCCGUGCGAUUUGAGGACCACAGCGAUGACGCAAGUGUGAACAUGGACACAGAUUUCCCGGAAGAACCAGUUGCCUCCACUUCCAGUUACACCGUCAGCGGGAGGAGGGCCAGACAGUCUUUGCAGAACCUCUCGGAGAAGGAAAAAUACCAUAGGAUAAGACAUCUUAAUAAUGAAGCUUCAAAGCGAUGCAGGCAGAAGAGAAAGCUGAGAAUAAAAGAUAUAGAAGUAGAAGAAAAUGAGCUCCUUGAGAGAAAUGAAAAGUUAAAGGAGGAGUUAGCGCUUGUAGAAAGACAAAGAGAUAAAAUGAAGAAAUUGAUUAAUUUGAUGUUCAUGGUGGCCCAAAAGUGAACAAUGUGUAAGGCCGCACCAGAACCCAUGUACAAAUUAUUGGUUCUCUAUGUGUGCUAUUUUUAAAUAAGAUUUUAGAUAUUUUAUGAACAACCCAGUAAUAGCAUUGUUUUGAAAGAGACAUUUAAACUGUUAAAUUAAAUGUGUUAUGUUUUUUUUUUUAUACAUUUAUAUACCUUUUAAAAGGUGGGAUAUCUAUGGGAAACACACUGUACGAAUAAUUUUAAGAAAUAAAAAAGAAAAGAA